GUUCUUCUGUCCGCCGCCGUGCAUAUACCUGUUUGGUGACGGCUGGCGGCGGAAGCGCGAACAGAUGGAGGUGGUCGGCGAUGCCGACCCUAGUACACAGGUUUGCGCGUUCAUGGGCAUCGGCAACUCGGAGCAAGACAUGCAGCAACUCAGCCUAGAGAACAAGAACUAUGCGGCGGCGAAGACUUUGUAUAUAUCGGACUCGGACAAGCGCAAGCACUUCAUGCUCUCCGUGAAGAUGUUCUACGGCAGUGGUCAGGACAUAGGAGUAUUCCACAGCAAGCGCAUAAAGGUCAUCUCCAAACCGUCGAAGAAGAAACAGUCGCUAAAGAAUGCAGAACUGUGCAUCGUCGUCGGGAACAACAGGUGGCCGCUGUUCAACAGCCUCGCUAACAGAGACGGUGAGCCCCGGUUCUGCAGUAGAGAACGGAAACUUUUCACGCCGCUCAACGCCAGUGGGGCGCCUUCACCAUACACCUACUCGACGACUACGAGUCCGAGUCGGAGGAGUUUACUGUGCGGGCGGACGGAUUAUAUCCACUACGGCUCUACCGUCAAGCUCGUCUGUUUCCGUCAUCCGGCAUGCGGCUCGCCGCGGCUGAUCAUCCGUAAGGUGGACAAGCAGACGGCCAUGUUGGAUGCAGACGACCCGGUAUCACAGCUGCACAAGUGUGCCUUCUACAUGAAAGACACGGAGAGAAUGUACCUCUGUCUAUCUCAGGAAAGAAUCAUACAGUUCCAGGCGACGCCGUGUCCCAAGGAGCCGAACAAGGAGAUGAUUAACGACGGAGCGUCGUGGACGAUCAUCAGCACGGACAAGGCCGAGUACACGUGGUUCGAAGGCAUGGGCCUCGUCCGAGACCCCGUCACGCCCGUGCCUGUAGUCACGAGUCUCAACCUCAAUGGAGGUGGAGACGUGGCCAUGUUGGAACUGACAGGGGAAAACUUCUCACCAAACCUGAAGGUCUGGUUCGGAGACGUGGAAGCGGAAACGAUGUACAGGUGUGAAGAGAGCAUGCUGUGUGUAGUGCCGGACAUCUCAGCAUUCAGGGGCGGCUGGCAGUGGGUGCGGCAGCCAACGCAGGUUCCGGUGUCGCUCGUGCGUAACGACGGCAUCAUCUACGCGACGGGUCUCACGUUCACCUACACGCCCGAGCCGGGCCCGCGGCCGCGCUGCCCCAACGCCGAGGACAUCGUGCACGCCGCUCAGACGCACGGUGGCGCCCCCGCGCAGGCCUCGUCGAUGACCCCGGCCGACCUCACGUCUUGCGUGUCGUCCGCGGCGGCGGCGGCGGCGCACUACGCGAACAGCGUGUAGCGGGCGCCCCCUGGCGAGGGACGAUUCGAGCGAUUUCGUCGAGAACGCGCGGCGCCGCCUGGCGAGGAAGCGCAAGCGCACGUCGCGCGGCGAGUAGCCGCCUGGUGGCGGACGUGACGAACGUGUAGCCGCAGUACUACGCCACCCGGUGGUGUAAGACAUGGACGGCAGCGCCGCCUGGUGGAAGAGCGCACGCGCACUGCGCGCGAUCCGUCGACGCGAUCGCCUUGAGGCCGGACCGGAGGCGACACCUGGUGGCGGCGGCGGCGGAAAGACGAAGGACUUGUGAUAUUAGGUAGUUUCUGCCGUCGUCGUCGUCGUCGUCGUCG